AUGACUUCUACUCGAGUUAUUAGCCUAUCAAUACUGAAUGGUCUUCUUGGUGUGUUUGGGACCGUGUUGAACACUACAGUGGUUUUCGUGAUCUUCAAGAACAAAGACCUACGAAAGGGACUAAACCUGUUUAUUUUAAGCCUAUCAUUGGCAGAUCUUCUUAGCAACGUCCUAGCUCAGCCAAUUUACAUCUAUCUACUCGCGCACGGCACGGAAAGCGAUCUUCACAAUUUGAUAAAGGCGUUUCACUUUUUCGCCUUUGUUAGUCUGCACGCUUCCACCAACAAUUUAGCCGCCAUAACGCUGUAUCGCUUGAGAGCGCUCUCUCGCCUCUUCAGACAUCUCAUUCUCAUAUCUAGAAAGCAAACUUGGUGCGCUAUCGUUACCGUUUGGUCAGCAGCAAUCACAAUGGCGGUUUUUUUCGAUAUAGAGCCAGGAAAAUCCGCCGCACCUUAUAUCCAUCUCCUCGUCAUUCUGGCGUGGAUUGGAAGCUAUGCAGGGAUAUACGGGCUUGUGCGCCAACACAAGCAAAGAAUUUCCUCUAAAGAAGGAAUGGUCUCAUGCCCUUUUAUGAUGGCGAACUUGAAAUACGAGAGCGAGGCAGCUAAAACAUCGGCAAUUCUUGUGGGGACAUCUGUUAUCUGUUUCUUUCCCGAUGUGGUGUAUGAACUGCUCGGAGUGGCUGAAAAAACCAGAUUGCAGUGGGCUUACACUUUGCUUUUCGCCAACGCUGUAAUAAAUCCUUGUGUUUUUGUUUGCAGAAGUCAGCAGUUUAGAAGAGCGUUUCGCAAAACGUGCAGAUGUGUAUGA